GUAGGAUUUUUUUUGUUCUAUGAUUGGUCACUUAUUUAAAAUAGAUCAUAAUUGUAACAGAAAAUAAGAUGAACUUCCGAAUAUACUGGUAUUUGGCGCGCAACGCGCAUUUUGUCUUCGCUCAUUGAAUACUGCUCUUUGGCGCUUGGCUUCAAGACUAAAAUUAUUGAACGGAUUUUAGUGAAACAAUGAAUCCUGAUUUACCAUAUUCUGUCGAAUAUGCAAAAAGUUCGAGGGCUUCAUGCCAAAAUUGUAAGAAAAAUAUCGAAAAAGAUUCGUUAAGACUCGCCGUUAUUGUUCAGAGUCCCGUUCAUGAUGGAAAGGUACCAAAGUGGUAUCAUCCGCCUUGUUUUUUUAUGAAACAAAGGCCAAAAACUACUGCAGAUAUUGCUAAUUUUGAUAAUAUUCGCUGGGAAGAUCAAAAGGAACUUCAAAGGAGAAUUGAGGAAGCAAGCACCCUUCCAUUGCCUGCAUCUAGAAAAGGAAGAAAGCGUAGUGGUGGUGGUACUGCCGCUGCAGGUCCAUUACAUGAUUUUUUAGUCCAAUAUGCAAAAUCUAACAAAUCAACUUGCAAAGCCUGUGAAGAAAAGAUAGUACAGGGCGAGGUCAGAGUAUCAAAAAAAGAUUUUGAAAGUGAGCAUGGCAGAAGGUACGGUGGUAUAGAUAGAUGGCAUCAUCUUGAAUGCUUUGCCAAAGUAAGGGAAAGUUUACAAUUUUAUGAGAGUGGAGAUGCACUUCCUGGCAAAGAUGAACUUUCCAAAGAUGAUCAGAAGAAACUCAAAAGUGUUUUACCAAGAAUUAAGGUAGAUGAUGUCCCACCUGUUAAGAAAAUCAAAGAUGAACCAGAAGAUGCAGAAGAAGAGAAAGAAAUGAAAAAACAAAAUGAUGAAUUAUUUGCAAUUAAAGAUAAAUUAUCCUCUGUAAAGAAACCUGACCUCAUUACUAUGUUAGAAGAAAAUGAACAACAAAUACCAGAAGGUGUUUCAGCUAUAAUAGAUCGUUUAUCGGAUGCAAUUUGUUUUGGGGCUUUAAAGCCAUGUCCAAAAUGUAAUGGACAGCUUGUGUAUAAUUCAGGUACUGGAUACAAAUGUACUGGAGAUUUGACAGAAUGGACUAAGUGUGAAAAUGUCAUACAAGAUCCUAAAAGAAAGAAAUUCGUAAUACCAUCUGAUAUAAAAGAAGCAUAUCCAGAUCUCAAAUCUUUGAAAUACAAAGUUAGAAAACGACUUAUAAAGAUAGCUGUACCAUCAACAUCUAGUGCAGUAAAAAAGGAAGAUGAAGUUGAUUCUGGACCCAAAGUUGAAGCAAAACCCAAGCCAUUAAAACAUAUGCAAUUCUUUAUUAUAGGGCAGAUAGGAAAAGAUAGAAAUACCUUAAAAAAGGAAAUUUUACAUUUAGGAGGAGAGAUAACUUCAAAACUUCAUGAAAAUGUAGCUGCUAUUAUAUCAACACAACAUGAAGUAGAUAAAAUGAGUAAAAAGAUGGAAGAAGCCAAAAGUUUUAACAUUCAAGUUAUUACUGCAGACUUUAUUGAGGAAGCUAAAAAAUAUACGAAACCUGCUAUAUCGCUCAUUGAAAAGAAAACUAUUUCAAGUUGGGGAGGUGACUUGUCUAAUAAAAUUAACGUUCUCACGGAAAAAUCGAAUGUCUCAAAAAGUAAAGGGAAAAGUACAUUUGAAAAAUCAGGAUCUGGUAAAAUGAAAUUGCAAUUGAAAAAAGGUGAAACUGUUGACCCAGAUAGUGGUUUACAAGAUUGUGCACAUGUAUAUCAAGAGGGUAAAAAUAAGUAUAAUGUUACAUUAAUACUUUCAGACAUACAAACUAAAAAAAAUAGCUAUUAUAAGUUGCAGAUUUUGAAGCACGAUAAGAAAGAUGAAUACUGGUUGUUUAGAAGCUGGGGCAGAAUAGGAACUUCUAUCGGUGGUUCAAAAGUACAGAAAUUAUCUCUAGAGGAAUGUAUAGCUCAGUUUGAGAUAUUAUACGACGAGAAAAGUGGAAACUGUUGGAAUCAGAGAGAUAAUUUUGUUAAAGUACCUGGCAAAAUGUACCCAGUGGAUAUUGAUUAUGGGGACGAUGUAUCGGCAAAGUUAGACUCUCAUAUUAAGAGUGAGUUAGAACAGCCAAUUCAAGAUUUAAUGAAAUUGAUUUUCGAUGAAGCGAAUAUGAGAAAGGUGAUGGUUGAAUUUGAAAUUGAUGUAGAAAAAAUGCCGCUUGGAAAAUUGUCCAAAACACAAAUCCAAAAAGCGUAUUCAGUAUUAACUGAUUUACAAGAAGUAUUAAAGAAGAAAGAUGUCGAUUCGGUUCAGUUGGUUGAUGCAUCCAACAGAUUUUAUAACCUAAUACCUCAUAAUUUCGGAGUAUCCGAGCUUAAAGUCUUGAAUACGAUGGAAGAAAUCCAUGCUAAGUGUGAAAUGUUAGACGCAUUACUUGAAAUGGAAAUUGCGUAUUCACUUUUGCAUGUUAAGGCGGAUGCAACAAAGAAUCCACUCGAUACCUAUUACAAGCAACUCAAUACUGAAAUUAAAAUAUUGGAUAAGGAAAGUGAGGAAUAUAAAGUCAUUAAAAAAUAUGUGCAAAAUACUCAUGCAGCAACUCAUACACUGUACGAACUUGAAAUUCAAGAUGUAUUUGUUAUUAAGAGACAAGGGGAAGACAAUAGAUAUAAGCCAUUCAAGAAAUUACACAACAAGAAGUUACUGUGGCAUGGUUCUAGAACGACUAACUUUGCUGGUAUACUUUCUCAAGGUUUAAGGAUAGCGCCACCAGAAGCUCCCGUUACUGGUUAUAUGUUUGGUAAAGGUAUAUACUUCGCGGACAUGGUUUCCAAAUCUGCGAAUUAUUGUUGUACACACAGCGGAAACCCUACGGGUUUGUUAUUGCUUUGUGAAGUGGCAUUAGGUAAUAUGCAUGAACGAUAUCGUGCAGAUUAUAUUGAAAAGUUACCGAGCGGUAAACAUUCAACAUGGGGUCGUGGUCGGACACAACCCGACCCUGAAACUGUUUACAAAACGAAAGACGGUGUUGAAGUUCCAUAUGGUGUGCCUGUAUCUGCUAAAUUACCAAAAAAAUCUGAUUUAUUAUACAAUGAAUACAUUGUAUAUGAUGUUGCUCAGGUAAAAGCGCAAUACUUGCUGAAAAUGAAUUUCAAAUACAAAGAAUAAUAUUUUUUUAAAUAUUUAAGCAAAAUAAAUAUAAAAGUAAGUUUAUAUUCAAUAUAAUUCAGCUAUGUAUGUUAAAUAUUUGGAACUAUUCCAUUAAUAAUACUACCUUCCAUGUUUUUGCCACAGAAAGUGAUGUAUCAAUUUUCAUUUUAUAUGAACAAUAAAUUUAAAAAUAGUAAA